AAUGAGGUUAGUUGUGGGUUGCAGCUGGGCUGUGACACGUUUGCUGGGGGAGAAGGAGAAGGCGAAGAAUGACUCAGGCCUUGCUCUUUUCCUCCCCCGGAGUCCCACCCCCCUUCCAGAAAUCUGGAGGUGGUGUUGGCAGAACGUCCAGUGAAAGUGAUCCCAGGGUUAUUGCCAGUGUCAUUUGGCUCCAGAUUCAGAACUGAUCCAGCCCAGUUUCUGGUUAUCAGUGAGCCUUUUUUAAAUGGUUUUAAAAAGCAAGCAUUAGCCGAUGGUGUCAGGAUAUUGAGGUCUUUGGAAAACCUACUUGUGUGAACGAUGAUAUCUUUCCUUUCUGAGCUGAACAGUUAUGCAGACUGAACUGUAGAAGAAUGUGGAUUUAUCGAAUUCAGUGCUGCCUAUUGGCAGUAGCACAUCUGUACCUCCUCAAUCAUUUGGUCUACAGUCAAGAAUCAGAUUCUUUAUAUAAGCCUCAGAAUUUGACAUGCGUAACACACAAGCUUGUUGAUGUCAUCUGUACCUGGACUACAGAAUCGCCAGAUGACUUCGGAUACAGAUAUAAAUUCUGUUAUACUAGCAGCAUGUCCCUCCAAAACUGUUCAAUAACAGAGGAGAAAAGCCAGACAUUUCCACUGAUCUUGUUUGACUCUGUUGAGAUAGAGAUAUCUACCUUUAAUUCAUCUAAAAACAUGGAAACUCCAAUAGCUACAAAUCAAUUUGUGAUUACUGAAAAUGAUAUUAACUUCAUUCCCCCUGCUCCACGUAUUCAUAGACUGACUCCUGACUACAUAUCUGACACAUUGGAACUGGAGUGGUAUGAUGGAGGUUCGGACAUUCGAUAUAGUAUGGAUGCUACCUGGGAAAUUCAGAUCCUCUAUAAAGAUCCCAUGGAGGAAGUGGCCUUAAUAACAUAUAAGUCAAAAUUAAAUGGCAAUGACACCCUCCUCCAUUGGAAAUGGACAUCAAAUAUCCCUUUUAAUUGCACUACACAUUAUGUAAGGAUUCGCUGUUUCCUUCAUGAGAAUAUGUUUUUUGGAAAGAUAUCAUGGAGUGAAUGGAGCAAACCUGCGGACAUUCCUGGAAAGGAUACAGAUUACACUCGUGGCAAAAUGUAUCCUACUGACAAAGUAGUGCUCGUAGGUUCCAAUGUGACUUUCUGCUGUGUGUGGAGAAAAGAAGAAAGUAAUUUUGAUUUUCAUCUGAGUCCUGAACUCUGCCCACCUCAAGGGUGUCAGAAUGCCACUCUUUCCAACUGGAGCAAGUUAAUCCAAGUGCAAAAUGUCCCAGCGUCACAAUCAUCUGGGAGAAACAUAAUAUGUCGAGGAAAGAACUCUAAAGGGGGAAAUCCUAUUUAUGGAACUGUUCUGUUUUCAGGCUACCCUCCUGACGUUCCACAAAAUGUAAGCUGUGAAACAAAGGAUUUAAAGGAAAUUACAUGCAAAUGGGAACCAGGAAGGCCAACUAGUCUAGAUGGCAGUCGAAAAACAUCCUACACUUUAUCUGAACGAAUAUCUGGGAUAACAAUUCCACAUCCAAGAGACAAAACAACUUAUCAGUGUAAUUUUCCAGUUCUGAACAAUCAGACAACAUAUGACAUCACGAUCCACGCUACCAAUCGUCUUGGUAAAACAAAUGCCUCUCUUUACUUCAGUAUAAAAACCCGAAUUCAUCCGAGUCCCCCCACAGAUUUAACUGUGACUGAUAAUAGUCCAACUAACAUAAGCCUCUCUUGGCAUCUGCCUGGAAAUUUCAUGAAAACCCAACUUAAGUUUCAAAUUAAGGUUUCCAACAGCACUUUCAGCAAACUAAAGAAUGUGCAUUUAGAUGGUACAGAAAACUCACUUUACACGAUUUCAAUGGAUAAUUUGCACCCCUAUACAUUUUAUACUUUCCAAGUUCGUUGUUCAGCGAAUGAGCCCUUCUUCUGGAAAUGGGGCAAUUGGAGCAAGGGACUGUCUCACCAAACUCUAGAAGCUCCUCCUGCACGAAAGUUAGAUGUCUGGCGAGAGAAAGAUGCUGAAGAAGGAACUGUCAUUAUCUUUUGGAAGCCACUGUCCAUUCUGGACAGUAAUGGAGUGAUAGAAGGUUAUGAAAUAUCUUGGAUUGUACCAGAGAUGCCCAUAAAGAAGCAGUCAGUUCCUGAAUUUCUGAACAACACAAAAAUAAAACUUGGAAGUAAUGACUACAUAUUCACAGUGGUGGCAAAAAACAAAGCUGGUCUCUCUCCUCCUUCUCUAAUAAAUAGUGCUGAAAUUCCAGUUGGUCCUGUCCCAACAGAGAGUGGAAUUGCUACAGGAGAUGGUGUUCAGAUCACUUGGCUUCCCGAUCCCAGUGUGACCUGUGGCUAUAAAGUCAGAUGGUGUUACGAGCCAGGGCCCUGUACUGCUGUCAGUUGGGAAACAUUUCCUUCCAAUGUGACGAAUCCCAUCAUUAGAUCCACCCUCUUUCAACCAGGAGUUCGAUACCAUUUUUCUGUCUAUGGCUGCAAAGACAAUGGGUACCAGCUGCUAAAAUAUGUAGACGGUUAUACAAAAGAAUUGGAACCAGCAGUUGCACCAGUGUUUAAUGUAAUGAAAACCACCUCAGAUUCAAUCUCAAUAAAAUGGCAAGAUAUACCAACUGAAGAGAUCCGGGGCUUUAUAAAGGGCUAUUUGCUUCACUUUGGAAAAGGAGAGGAAGGCAACACAAAGCCAAAAGCUUAUGAGUCGGGCUACCAACUCAUUAACAUUACAAACCUGAAACAAGAUUCAUUUAGAAUUUCAAACCUUCAAGGAAAAACUGGCUACCACCUGAACUUAAGUGGCUACACUGCUGGAGGAAUUGGACCUGCAACAAGGUUGUUUGUGGUCACCAAGGAAAAUGCACUGGGAUUAAUUAUUGCCAUCCUUAUCCCUAUGGCGGUUGUUGUUGUCUUGGCGGUUGUGACCAUCAUCCUUUGCUACCGGAAGAGAGAAUGGAUUAAAGAAACCUUCUAUCCCGACAUUCCAAACCCUGAGAACUGUAAAGCUUUGGAUUUUCCAAAGGAUUCUGAGGGGAACCCAAAUUCUAAAACCUUGGAGAUGAAUCCAUGUACCCCCAAUAAUAUCGAAGUGGUUGAAACCCAGUCAUCAUGCCUGAAGAUUGAGGAGGCAGUCAUUAAAUCACCUGUAACAGAGGAACUUCCUGAAGAUGGCUUUGAUUCUGAAUCAGAGAGUCACAUUGUCGUCUCCUAUUGCCCAUCCAUCAUCGAGGAGGAGCUCUCUAAUCCACCAACAGAUGGAUCUGUGGGAUCUUCCCAGGUUGUUUAUAUAGACAUACAAACAAUGUAUCCAUCUUCAGAUAAAAUGAAGGAAGAUUUAGAAAUUGACUGUGUGGCUUCAGCGGGUUAUAAACCCCAAAUGCAGCUGCCAAAAAACACAGAGGAAACCUCGUCUGCAGAAGAGGAUCUGGAGAAGGCUGCAGGCUAUAGACCUCAAGUGAAUGCACCUUCCUGGAACACAGACUGCCCAGACUCUCCUGUUUCUGUUGAAAGCAACAAUGAAAAUGUCUCAUUUGGCAGCCCGUGUUCCAUUAAUUCUCGACAGUUUUUGAUCCCACCCAAAGAUGAAGACUCGCCAGAAGUCAUUAACACUGGGUGGUCCUUCUCUAACUUCUUUCACAACAAGCCGAAUGACUAACAUUAGGACAGAAGUGGUUGUCUCAAAAGCAGCCAUUUACUGGGACCUUUUUUCGACAUCCCUGCGAUGUGAUGCCCCUAAGGGUUGAUCAUUUCAUUUUUGCGAAAUUGAACAUUAAUCUUCUUUUAUUUUUAUGAAUGGCUGAGAGGUUAAUUCCUGGCACUUCAGUUUGAGGAAGGUAUCUUGGAUUAACUCUUUCUGAAGCCAAAGAGCAACAGGAGAUCUGUGUCUACAUUUGAACAGGCUGCUGUCCCUCCAUUGUCAAUAGGGCACCAGGGCUCUAUUUGAAUGACUGAUUUUAUUAUGGUCUUUUGAAAAUGGUAGGGAGACAUUAUUGUCAACCUUGCCUCUUGCUCUAAACCUAGUCAUGUGAGUUGUUACACUAUAGAAGUGUGGGUGUAUAUAGAUUUGCCCUGCCCUGGGGCAUGCCUAAUCAAAGAUCUUUUUCCCAAAAGUUUUAGGUUCUAGGAGCGCAACUACAGUACUUAGACAUUACAAUACCCAAAUACAUAAAUACCAAAACACUAAAAUGGGCACCAGCUCUCAAACUCGUCACUUAAGGUGGUUAUUUCCAUCUGAUUUCCAUGGAAUAUUACUUUGAAUCAACUUAAAUUGGAGAACUCCGCCUUAGAUAAUUUGCUGACAUCAGCAUCUGCUAUGGCUCUCUCUGAAGUUAGUUUGAGAAGCCUGGAUCCUGGUUUCUGUACCUACUGUAUAAAUGUAUAUGCAAUAGUUUUGACUCAGGGGUGCAAAAACAAGUAUAACACUGAUUUCAAAACCUUAUUCAGGAGCAAAUGUUUUUACUUGCAAGGCUUUCUUUUUAAUGUUAUUUCCCACUAUUUCUUUUUUUACAAAACCCAUGAAGGACUACUUUAUCUUGACCUGAAGUAGUCCAAAGCUUUCUCCCCAGCAUACCACUUUCCUGUGGAAUGAUUUCUGUUGCCUCCUCCUCCCAGCCCUGGCCUUGGAUGGCCUUUAGUUUGAAAUGUUAGAGACACCAAUUGAAACUCAUGCACCACUUUCAGGGGCAGUAGGCCUUUGUGAGAUACCCAUAUCCCAGGGAAAUUGCUUCUUGCUGUCUUUUAUUACUUUCCACAAAAACUCUAAAGGAGACAUGUGUAGCAAGAGUCUUCCAAAAAAUCUUUCCUGCAAGCACCCUUAAAACAAACAGGACAAACCUGGAUUGUUUCAGUCCAUAGAUGCCAUGGGAGAGCAUUAUACUCAAGCAAUGGCCAACAAUUAAUAUUUUCCUCAUGCGAUUACCAUAAAUGAAGCUGCUACUGCCUCUGGAUUUAAUUUCAGAUAUUCGCACAUAUAACAAGUGCAGAUUGAAAGGUUUCCUUUUAAAGCUGUUACCGAAUGUUUCAAAUAAAGGACUUGGAGAUAGAGUUACAUCAACUGUAGUCUUAAAACAGCACUAAAGCUGAACAUUACGAUAUUUCUUGCUAGUACAAUUUUGCAAUUAUAUUGCUUAUGAAGUUCAUCUUUUUUUUGAUGUGUGAACAUUUGAGGUGCAAAACUAUUUCAGUUUUCCUCAUUUGCACUUGGCUAUCGAGUAUGAAACAAGUAUUUUCGAAAUCAAAUUAAGAGACCACUAUACUGGUUCUGCAUUUACUUUUAUCUACAUGUUAGCUCAGCUGUUCUGGAAUUCUUCUUAUAAAGCAUGGGUCAGAUUUAUCCUGCCCAUCUACUUUACAAGAGAAUCCAUCUAUCCUCACCAAAUUCACUUUUAUGAUGUUUGGAUGGUUGUUUUAAGAUAACAUUGUGCUAACUGAAAGCUUCUAGUUCCAGUUAAUGCUAUUCAGAUAGUGGUCUCAUUUGCAGAGUGCCUUUUAACAGAGUGGAUUCUUCCAUGAUAUUUGUUAUUAAGUUCUUACAUACUGUAGCUUUGGCUAUGACAUCAAACAUCCAGAAAUCUCAAAGAGUUUGUUGUUGUUGUUGUUGUUGUUAGGAGGAUGCUCUUUAUUUUGUGAAUUUACUAUUAAUGUUGGAAGUAAUCCAGAUGUUAUACUGACAUAAUGCAUCAAGAGCCUGGCUUAACACAUGGAGGCUUUCAGUCUAAAGUUAAUUUCUAGGUAGAGAAAACCAGUUGUUUCCACAAAGAUGAUAUUGAUUUUGCUUGUUUGUCUUUCCAGGCCAUUACGUGCUAAUCGAAUUCCAUAGACAACUGGGUAUUUUUUUUCAUAUUAAGAGAACAGUUCAUUCAAACAUUUGCUAUAUAUUCAUAAAUUCAUAAAUACACACAGGAGGUAAAUUAAAGAUUUUAUUUUCAAACACUAGGUUGCUAUUUUUAAAUUACAGGAAUUUUGAUUUUGGUUUUGAACCCAAUCACAGAAAUUGAGAGAUACCAUAGGAGUUGAGGGUGUCCUGAAACAACUGUAGAUUAGAAACUGUACUCCUGCCUUAAACUAACUACAGUAGAGUCUCACUUAUCCAACAUAAACAGGCCGACAGAACAUUGGAUAAGUGAAUAUGUUGGAUAAUAAGGAGGGAUUAAGGAAAAGCCUAUUAAACAUCAAAUUAUGGUUAUGAUUUUACAAAUUAAGCACCAAAACAUCAUGCUGUACAACAGAUUUGACAGAAAAAGUACUUCAAUACACAGUAAUGUUACGUAGUAAUUACUGUAUUUACAAAUUUAGCACCAAAAUAUCAUGAUGUAUUGAAAACAUUGACUACAAAAAUGUGUUGGAUAAUCCAGAACGUUGGAUAAGCGAGUGUUGGAUAAGUGAGACUCUACUGCAAUUUCAUUCAGUUGAAUCAAUAGUCCCUGUGUCCAUGUGGAAGCUAAUAAGCUUAGCUUCCAUGCUUUUGAGCUGUGAUAACAAAUAUCCUAAGCAGGAAUGAAAAUAGGGGGAAUUUCAGUCUUCCAAGCUAUGUUUUUCAUUGUUUUGUGGUGCUACCUAACUCUAUAAGCAUUGGUCAGAAUUCUGUUAUCUUAGUCUGUACUUCACAAGAGGUCUUUUUUUCUUUAAUUUCCCAUGUGUGUGCUGGGUCAUGAACAACAAAAACAGACUUCGUUUUCACCCAAAGAACUGACCUGAGGAGCUUGACUACUCUUUCUAGAGCAAUGCUGAAAAUUUCAUUUCAAAAAGGAAGCUUGAGAUUCUGUUGUACCUUUUUGCAGAAUAUGGGUGAAAUUAUGCCUGCUGCUCCUUUUGGUAACAGUUUCACUUAAAAUAUGCCAUCAUCUUAGUGCCGAUUGUCUUUAGUGGGUGUUAUAAAAUGUUUAUAUGAUUUUAAAAAAUCUUUUAAAAAUAUUUGGUGAGCACCAUUAUACGUUAAUUCAUUAUACUUUUCUGUUAAUUUGUUUGGGGUUUUUUUCUUUGUUUUGACUGACAGGGAGAGAAAGCUGUGAAUUCGGUUUGGGGUUGUGACUGUUUUUGAAAUGGCAUUUUUGAAUUGUUUAGGAUGUACAUUUUUAGUAACUUGCAUAUGAUAUACCUCACAGAUUUGACAUAUCAGACUUAGUAAGCUAUAAUUUUGGAAACAAAGUAAGUGCCCCAUGGAUGACUUUCUUUCUUUUCAUGUAAAGAGCAUGGAUUUAUUUUGCUUUGUGGCAUAAUUUGUUGGUUCUGCAUGAUAGUGAAUUAGUUCAGAGGUGAGCAAUGGGUGUUUGGAUUCUUCCAUCACAUGCUAGGCUAUUCAUACUACUUUAAGUAUCAGGAAUUACACCAAUGUGCAUUAGAUUUAUGAUUGCAUUCCCACUAUUGCCUUUUGACACAUUGAAGCAGCCCCCCAAGGUCUCAGAAGGAUGCUUUUGAUGCUGGGUGUAAUCAUUCGUGAAAUCUUCAGUUUGCUGGAGCUUUGUGACCAAUGACCAGUAGAAGCCAUUAUUUUCCAUAACAGAAACUAGAUUUUCACUGGCUGUAUGGGAGUUUAUCUCACUUUCUGCAGAAUGUCUCCUGUUUCAGGAUUAUCACCAAAGUGCUAAACAAAAGAUAUCUGAGCUGCCUAUACAGCCAUGCCCAAAGUCUACUUGAAACUUGUCUAUGAGGUUUUUCUUCCACAGAAUGGAAGAUGAACAGGGGAAACCAGCAAGCGGUGGCUUAUCACAGUUCAGUAUAAGCUUCAUUGUAAGAUUUGAUUUCCCUGAAGGUACUUUGUCCGCCAACAUCUGUUCAUCUCAUUUGGGCUUGUGAUGUUGACUUAGCUUAAAGACAUCUUGCUAGGGCUCCAAACUGAAAUAUCAUGGGCUCCUGCCUGAAGUAUGAUGUGUCUGUAGAUUUCAAUUGCAUGAAGUUUCCACAUUCGCUGGUUUAGAGUAACUGAGUCACAAGGCAUGGGGACAUCCCAAUUUAGAAGUUGGGGAGAGGAGACCCUUGCAAAGGGAACGUGUUUGAGGAAAAAUGUUAGCUGUGAGGGACAAGCUUACCUGAAGAUACCAUGUUGAUCUCCCUUAAAAAUGUGCUGAAGAAUUUUGUGCCUAUUUGAGGACAUGUGUUCAGUUCAUGUGGGGUAAUGCUAAACAAUAUUGUACUCUGAGCGCACAAGUACCCAUGCAAGGAGGCCACAAGAUCCUCUACAAGACUCACUUGUGGUUCCUCAGCAGAUUCGUCUGUGGUGUUGUUGAAGGCUUUCAUGGCCGGAAUCACAGGGUGGUUGUAUGUUUUCCGGGCUGUAUGGCCAUGUUCCAGAAGUAUUCUCUCCUGCCGUUUUGCCCACAUCUAUGGCAGGCAUCCUCAGAGGUUUCUCCAGACCUCACAACCUCUGAGGAUGCCUGCCAUAGAUGUGGGCAAAACGGCAGGAGAGAAUACUUCUGGAACACGGCCAUACAGCCCGGAAAACAUACAACCACCCUGUCUGUGGUGCGUUUAUAGAAUGAGUAGGAUACUUGUAGGUCAUUGAUUGGCACCAAUUUCAGUUUAGCGUUGGCAUGCUCUGAGAGUAGUAGAGUAAGGAGAUGUAUGUGUGUGUCUUGCCACUUUACCUAUGUGAUUGUGAGACCUCCCUUGAGAAUUUGAAAUCUCCUGCAGUGAGAUUAAGCAGAAACUCAAAGGAAGCCAGGAUCUGAGUUCUGAUGGGAGCAGAAAUGGGAUCGGAGGAGAAUUACCGGUAAAGACAUGUUACUUGUAUAAUAGAUGCUGCAUUUUAUAGUUCAGUAAAUUUUGAUUUUUUUAAAAAAACUGUGUAAAUAGCAUAUUAAAUACAUAACACAUAAUGGAUGUGAGGCUACUCUCAGUGGUUUUUGAAAUAUUAAGCAAGCAGUGUCAUACUAAACUGACUGGACGAUGCAAAAUUGCCUGUGUGGGUUUUUGUUCCACUCCCUUCAAGCUAUUUGACUUCAUCUAGCUUCGCUUUUUUUUUGUGUAAGUAGGCUGCUGAAAUUGGCAAUUUAAUGCCAAAAUGGCUCAGGUUAUCUAUCAUUUUGUCUCUUAAGCAAACAUAUGUGAUGUAACUGAAUGUGCUCUUUAUUCUUUAUUCUACUGUGCAUCUGUGUGUCUUGGGGAAGACUUUUUGAGACUGUUAUCAAUCUCAUACUGUGCCCUUGAAGUUGAAUCACUUUUUGCUGUAUUCUAUUUUGAGAAAAGGAGGGCAUGCUCACACAGCAAUUUCAGGUUAAGUGAUUUAUUGCAAGAUUAGAAACAUGAGUAUGAGCUUCACUUAGUGCUUCCUAGAAAUACUGCACGCCAGUGCCAGUAAGCAUUUUGCAGUUGUGAGAUGCUCACAUCAGGGACUGUGGACUAAAGCCAGUAAGCUUUAGAAACAUCACUAUGAGAAAAAUGAGAUAUUUAGUGGUCAUGUAUUUCCUGGUAAAAUAAUCUAGUUGGUAAACACCCGUUGAUAUUGAAAGAACACUACUUGAGGAAGAAAGACUGCAAAACUAUAAGGGAUAUAGUGCUAGUAUGCUAAAAUUAGCAUGAAUAUAAAGCUCGUUCCCUUGCCUAUUUGUAUGACAAUGCACUGCUUUUCCUUGUAAUAUGCAUGUAUUAUGAAUUUUGCAAGACUAUUGUCAUGUAGUUUAAUAAACAUAUUUUCAUACAUA